AUACAAGACCUCCAAGACAUGCUACAACUGCGGGUGUCAGGAGAUGGCCAUCAAGCGGCUUGGGGGGCUGAAGGAGGGGCAGCGGCCCUGGUCGGUCAAAGUCUGCAACGACUGCUUGACGACCUGGAACCGCGACGUCUCCGCCGCCAACGUGAUCCGUGUGCUCCUCCUGCUGAAGCUGAUGGGCUUCGAGCGGCCGACCAAGCUGCAGCGGCCGCCAUGGCCGCCGGCGGCGGCGGGCCGGGCUGAGAGCCUGAACGGCGCUAGCAGGGCGUGGGGCUGAGGGUGCACGUGUCGAUUGGCGGCGAGUGACGUGACUAGUUUGUUAGCUGCGGGUUAGCACGGACUGUGCACCCCACCCAACCGGCCACGUCCGGAUUUGCGGGGAUGCCAAAGGCCCCCAACAUAGAGGCGUGUGCUUAGUAGGCGCCCGCGUCAAGGUGGCUGGGUUGAUAACGACCCGGGAUCAGCCCUUUUCCUGCCAUUAGGCAGCCACCUCCUUGUUGCUCCCAGGUCGUAGAGUCCAGUGCGCACGCUGCCGCCUCGACCGUAUCUAGGCAUUUGAACAUAGAGCAAAUCAUGGAAAUGCAGAGCGAUCAACAGCAAGCAGACUGGUCCUGGCUCACAGGCGACCUGCUGAGAAGGAUUGCAGAGGAGCUUGACCCCAGCGAGGUAGCGUCCAGCCUCAAGCUGCUUAACAAAUUCUCAGCGACAGCUCUGGGCGGCACAUACCGCUACAUUGUCCUGGGGCGCAAGGUGGUGUGGCGACCCGCCUCGCCGCCCGUGCCGAUGCAGCUCGUGGCCCGACAACCUUGGCCGCGCGGCGCGUUCCCCCGUCAUUGGGGCCGCCCCGAACCCUGGGCUCGGCUAACGCUGCCGCAGCGCCGCCUGGUGCUGCAGCUCGCCGCCAGCUCGGGCGACCCGCACAGCCUGACCGCUGCACUCGAGAACUGCGGCUGCUCGGUCACUUAUACAGCGCUAGUUGCGGCCGCAGUGGUCGGCGACUCGGAGGCGUGCCAACGGCUGCUGCAUGACGAGGGCUGCUCCUGCCCUGAUGAGGUGUUUGAGGCCGCCGCCUACUCUGGCAGCUUGGACGUGCUGCGCGUGCUGCGGGGUUUGUGGCCUGCGCACGCGGCGGAGGCGGCGAGCCUGUGUGACGCAGUCGCAGUUGCCGCUGCCUCAUUCGGCCAUGCCAACGUCCUUGACUGGCUCGAGGAUGAGUUCGGAGGUGGUCCUAGCAUACUGAAUGAGCAGAAUGCCAGUCGAAUUGGCGAUGGACCUUGGCCCGUCCGGGACGUGGACACGGUACGCCUUCUGGCGUGCGGCGCAGCGGCUGGCGGCCUGACGCAGUUGGUGUCGGAGGCGCUGGGCUGUCCCGCUGCUGACUGGGCAGAGCGCGUGCGCUGGCUGGUGGGGUUCUGGCAACAGCGGUUACAGCAGGUGCGAGAGGCGCGUGAGGCCCGCCAGGCGGCUCAGGCGCAGGCGGCGCAGCAGGCGGCGCAGCAGGCGGAGCUGCAGGCGGCGCAGCAGGCAGCGCAGCAAGCGGCGCAGCAGGCGGCGCAGCAGCAGACUGAGGGACCCCAGCUUCCGCAGCCACCACCUCUACCACCCCAAGGGCCACAGCCGCCCGAGCCACACCAGCUGGGGCCGCAGGAUCAGGCGGCGCCUGCGCAGGAGAUGGCGGAGGACGCAGCAGCGGACGAGGAGGAGAUGGAGGAGGAGGUGCCUGACUUCGCGGCACGGGUGCAGCACAUGCACGACAAUUACGGCGUACGGGACCUACAGGUCGCCGCCAUCCUUGCCGUACAGACGGGCUGCACGGAAGCGCUGUCGUACACCGCGUCUGAGGCGGUUGCGGAGCCGGUGCCGGUGGGGUGGGAUCCACAACUGUUCAAGGAAAUGCUGGACUUUGCCGUGCGCUGCGGUCAGGCGCCAAUGACGAAGAUGCUUCUGACUGCGGCGCGCGUCGGCCAGCCGCCCUCUACCCACCCGAUGUCGCUGCAUCGCGGCUUUGUAGCGGAUGCCCUGCGCAGGGGCUUCCCGCACGUGGCGGCAGUACUGAUGGAAGCACUGGUGGCGCAGGAGGAUGCUGUCGCGGCUGCCGCACGGGAGCAGGCCGCGGCGGAGCAGGCGACGGCUGCGGCUGCUGCUGCUGCUGCUGCUGCUGCUGCUGCUGUUGCUGCUCCCACGGCACCUGCCGGACCCGAGGGCGCACCCUCAGCGGCGGUCGCAGCGGCAGAUGCGGCUCUAGGCGUUUCCAUGGCACAGGCAGGGGUAUCGGGUGGCGCUAUCGAUGGCAGCGGCGGCAACAGCGGCGCUUCAGGUGCUGCAGCCGCGGCGGCCAGGCGACCGCGUUUCAGCCUGUUCUGGACCAAGGUUUUUGGGGCCGCGGCGUGUCAGGGCAUGGAGCUUCCUUACUUAUGGCUGAUGCACGAGCGCUGGGGUGCCGCCGUGGACAUACGCGCGGUGGCCGACGGCGGCAGUGUCGAGGCGCUUGCAUGGGCUGCGGGCGUGCUGCAGGCGCAGGAGGCCGCGGAGGUCGCUUGCGGCUUAGGAGAGGGGUCUGCAGAGGGGGCGUCGGCGGACGCAGAGGAUGGCGACAGUGUUCAUGGGGAAGUUGUGUUUCGGAAAAAGGCGCAGAUCCUGCGCGACCUGGCCGCUCCGCUGACGGAGCGUGACGUGUGGACGCUGGCGGCCAGCGGCAAUUUUGCAGCUUGUGACUGGCUACUCGGCCUCUGGCCCGCCCCCAGGACAAUGGAGACAACGCGCAUCGGCCAUGGCACCAUGGCAGCCAGUAGUGGCGGCAGCGCAGCUCCUCACGAGUUCGUGUGCGGAGCCGCAGUCGCCGGCAGCACCUCACCCUUUUGCAUCGUCUGCGCACUGCAGCCUCAGCCGCCGUUGCUGGCUAGCCGGCUCCUGUCCCAAAUUGACCUCAGCAAGCUCAACCUUGGCCAUGUAUGCCAUAGAGGCCUCUACGCCAGCUCGCCCGCGCUGCGCUACUGGCUGCAGCUGUUGGAGCGGCAGCAGCAGCUGAUGGCGUUACAGCCGGAUGAGCAGCAGCGGCUGGCGGCGGGCGCGGCCGCGGGCGCGUUGGCGGGCGCAAUGGUGGGCGCGAUUGCGGGCGCGGUGGCGGGCACAGCUCCUACUGCGGCGGACGCAGGUGCAUGGGCGGCGGUGAGGAGCGAGGCAGGCUCGGUCGAGGGAGGGGCAGCGGGAAAUGCUGCGGGCUUGGCCAUCAGGGCUGCGGGCGGCGCAGCGAGUGAACCAGCAUCAGGAAGGCUCGACACGGAGCCCUUGGCGGCAGCUGUGACACACGCGCUGUUUGGACCAGCUGGAGCGCUGCGUGGCGCUGCGGACACGGCGAAGGCAGAGUCGCUAGCGACCCCUGCCACAGUCGGGCAUGUGCUGGGGCAAGCUACAGCAGCGGCUGGUAAUGGCGAGGAGGAGGAGGGGCGAACACAGACUGCUCGUGCGUAUACGGCUAGGUUGGCUCGCACGGCAUCGGCGCCUGAACUAGCAUCUGGUCUCGCCAUGGGCGUUGCGCCUACAGCAUCAGGAGUAGUAGCGGCACUGCCACCAACAGGAGCCUCACCGCUGCUGCGGCUGCCGCAUUGGAGCUCGGUGAUCGCGCACGAUCCCUGGCAGCGACUGAUGUCCGCACUGGGACGCGGGCCGGAGUAUCAGCUGGAUGCGCUGCAGCGGCAGCGUAAGCGCAUAAAGCGCGCAGUGCUGGUGGUGCUUGCAGCGCAGUUGCAAGCUCGCUGAGCCUGGGUUAGAAGCUUUAUCAGCUUUGUGCGCAGCCGCGCAGUGCUGGGCGUCUGGGCGCGUGGGCGUUGGUGCGGGGUGGUGUGGUGAGUAAGAUGAGGAAGAGGGUAACCAGGAUGAGAACGAGAGCAAGGUGGGCGAUGCACUCAUUGGAAAUUUGGAAUGGGUCAGGGAAGGGGGCCGGGUGUUGGGAAUGAGGACACUUGGACGAAGAAGCAAAGAGCUCAAUGAUGGAUUGCAAACAUGUACGCGCGUUGGACGUUGGGUGCGUGUCAAUGCGUCACGGUUUGCAAUCCUGCGGCAACAUAGCGUCAAAGCACUGAGAUGGCCAGAUGUCCAGCAGGGGAGCAACACCCCGUGCUGCUGGGGGCUGCGCGUAGCCGAAGGAUGACUUCGCCAAGUGUUUACUCCGUAAACAUAUUGAAUA